CCCCCCUCAGUAAAAGCCACGUCAAGAGCAGCAGAGAUGUCUUCUGAGAAAGCAGGACUCCCUGAUUCUGCCCCCCACGCCUCUCCCCCACCGUACAAUGCCCCUUUACAGCCCCCUCCCCCGCCCCCACAGGAUGCCCCCAUCCCCGGCUACAGUGACACCCCUGCCACGACCGUGCACUCAGGCACUGCCACGUUGCCCCGGCUCGGAGGGGCUGCCACCCUCCCUCGUCCUCCCCCUUCCUCUGCCACCCUCCCACGUCCACCUCGCCACCAUUCGGCCACCCUGCCCCGCCUCCCUCCCGACCCUUACAUGCAGGAGACCCAGUUCAACGGCGCACCCCAGGGCUAUGUCGUUCAAACACAUCCGCCUGUUGGGACCUUGCCUUUCGGAGGGUAUAUGCACCCAGGGUAUCCUGUCCAGCUACAACCAUGCACGGCAUAUGUACCUGUCUACCCCGUUGGGGCGCCGUACCCCCAGGGCAACCCUCCUCCACCACCGGGUAUGUCUCCAACACAGGUUACCCCUGGCAUUGCCAUCCUGGAACCGCGUCGCCCGCCGCACGAUUACCUCCCCAUUGCUGUCCUCACCACCAUCUGCUGCUUCUGGCCCACGGGCAUCAUCGCCAUAAUCAAGGCUGUACAGGUGCGGACUGCGGUCGCUCGUGGUGACAUCGUCUCAGCAGAAAUCGCCUCGCGGGAGGCCCGCAACUUCUCCUUCAUCAGCCUGGCAGUGGGGAUUGCCGCCAUGGUCCUGUGCACCAUCCUCACAGUGGUGAUUAUCAUUGCUGCUCAGCACCAUGACAAUGAAUGGGACCCCUAGCGAUCGAUCAAGGCGUUCUUUUUCUGCCUACUCCCGUACCACCCCGGCAACUGGUGACAACAGCCCUGAAAUCCCUGGCAACCAUCGCUCCCAAUGAUGGUCCUUGGCAACCGUCUCCCCUGCAGUCUUUAGCAACUGUCUCUUCCCCUGCCAACGAUUACUUGGAAAAUCCUUGGCAACGGUCUCCUGCACAGUCCUUGGCUACCGUUGCUUUUAUGAAUGGCACAUAACUCAGCAACUGACUUCCAGAUAACUGCAGUCAGGCUGAAUCCUGACCCACACCCACCCAAGGGUGCUGCUCUCUUAGGGUCCUAGCAACAGACUUUCCCUCCUGCCAGUUCUUUACCAGAACAAUUUGCUUGCUUCUUUCCUUCCCAAAGGAGUAGGCUCCACCUUCUGCAUCCGUGUCUACCACCAUCUUCCUCCUGCUGCGUUUGCAUGCAUGGUGCCACUGACUUCCAGAAAAAAAAAAACAUCCUGCUGCCUCAAUCUCGGUUGAGUAUC